CUCUCCCUCUCUCAGACACACACAGGCGCGCACGCUUUCUCUCACUCUGCCGUUACCCGGAGGUGCACUGAUAGCCAUUAAUGAGGGGGGAAAGUUAAGAGAUUAAACCAAUAUGAAUCAUCGUUGCUCGUAGCAGUGCCCGAUCCAGAGCAGAGCAGAAUCCAGCGAGCACCCCUGCAGGAAUGGAGUCGGUAAAACAAAGGAUUUUGACCCCUGGUAAGGAGGGAUUGAAGAAUUUUGCUGGAAAAUCGCUUGGUCAACUCUACAGAGUCCUAGAGAAGAGGCAGAAGCCCGGGGACACCAUCGAGCUGACGGAAGAUGGGAAACCCAUGGAAGUACCCGAGAAGAAAGCCCCGCUGUGUGACUGUACCUGCUUCGGGCUGCCCCGGAGGUACAUCAUUGCCAUCAUGAGUGGACUGGGAUUCUGCAUUUCCUUCGGGAUCCGAUGUAACUUGGGAGUGGCCAUCGUGGAUAUGGUCAAUAACAGCACCAUACACCGAGGAGGAAAAAUUAUUAAAGAGGUGGGAACCCUUUCCUCGUAAAUCCCAUCUCCUCCCAGUACAACUCCCAGGUCCAGCACCUCAGCGCAGGGGAGAUGGGCUC